AAGUACCAGGCGGAUCGGAAUAUACAUAAAAGACCGAGAUGAGUGAAAGCAAACACGAAUUGAACGAAGGCAUAUUCCCGUUUUUGAACGACCGAGACGAGGGGGACGGGACUAUUCUGGUCCAUGAGAUCGAAUCCUCGUCGGCGUUGCUAAACAAGACGCUCGGUUUCUGCGAGUUACGAGACAUUUCUGUGACGCGAUUAGUCCAGGCUGGCUGGGCCAUCGUCGUAGGGCAAUAUGCCGAAACGGACUGUGUUGUAAUGGGCGCCGCGGAGGAAGGCCAGACCGGUGUCGACAAGAGCCAUGGGACUGCGCAUAACACGGUGGUGCUCACGGCUUGGGACCAAGACACGGAGGAGACGCAGUGGCUCAAUCCUGUGAUAAACACAGGAGAGGGUCACGGUGCCCACGACGUACUCGUUCUCAUGAAUCUGAACAGCUCGGCACAGUCGAUGCGGCUACGACUGGUUUGUACGCGCCAGACAAUGUCAGACCGACAGGCGAGCAACGUCGCCACCACAUUGUGCCAAGCGGUACAAGAGCUGGCGAAGAGCCCAGAGCGACAGAUCGGUGACCUGAGCCUGUUCAGCUCGCAGAACCUGACCGAUGCGCAGAAGUGGAAUAAAAAACCAUGGAACGGGACUGGGACUGACAGGCUGAUCCUGGAUGUGGUCCGAGAGCACGCCAGGCAACGACCAGAAGCCACGGCAAUUGACGCCUGGGAUGGACAGCUCACCUAUGCAGGGUUGAAUUGGAUGAUCGCAGGGCUUGGCCACCGUCUGCGUGCCGCCGGUGUUGGGCCGGGUGUAAUGGUCCCCGUGUGCUUCCCACGUUCCCUGUGGGCCAUAGUGGCCGAAGGGGCCGUGAUGCAGGCCGGAGGCGCUUUUGUCCCCGUUGACCCUUCGCAUCCGGCUGAGCGAAUGCGCCAAGUUGUGAACCAAACACAGGCUCGCUUGGGGGUGACUGCGCCGCCCUUUGCAGAGACGAUGGCCGCGCUGGUGGAGGAAGUAGUCGUGGUCUCCCCAAGCCUGAUAGACCAUGCGGUGGGCGACCACAACGUGCGGAACCUGCCACUCUUGUGCGAUAUUGACCGCGACAGUCCGGCGUACGUGCUGUUUACCUCAGGAAGCACGGGGCAGCCCAAGGGAUGCGUCGUAUCCCACCGGGCGUUGGCCAAUGUGGAGGCGCAAGCCGAUGCCUUGCACCUCGGACCGGGCAGCCGGGCGUUGCAAUUUGCGUCAUACAGCUUUGGCGUAUCCCUAAUUGAGAUAUACUGUGUUCUGGUGGCGGGCGCCACCAUCUGCAUUCCAUCAGACGCGGACUGCCUGAAUCGACUGACGGAAAUCAUGCAGGCGAUGCGCAUCAGCUGGGCAUAUUUGACGACAGCCACGGCCGGAUCGCUGAACCCCGGGAGAGGGCUAGCGGACUUGCAAACACUGAUCCUGACAGGAGAGCCGCUGGGGACGCGACAGAUCCGGCAGUGGGCCCCGUGCGUGCAGCUAUGUCAGGGAUUUGGAUGCACUGAAUGGGCCGGCGUCUGCUGCGUGUCCCGGCCGAUUCAAGAGCCGGUCGACAGAAGAACGAUUGGAACGUCACCUACGGCCAAUCUGUGGCUGGUCGAUCCCGCCAACCCCAACCGUCUGGCCCCAGUGGGCAGCGUGGGCGAGCUGGUGAUUGAAGGGCCGGCCUUGGCCCUAGGCUAUCUCAACAAUCCUCCUAGAACCGCCGCAGCAUUUCUGCAACAGCCGGACUGGUGGGAGGCGUUGCGUCCAGGUGUACCGUGUCGAGUAUACCGAACCGGCGAUCUCGUGCAAUAUGAGUCCGACGGCAGCCUUCGCUACAUCACGCGUCGAGAUACACAAGUCAAAGUGCGAGGCAUGCGCGUGGAGCUGGGCGAGAUUGAAUACCAGAUUCGGCGCACGGCAUCUUUGGACCGCGUGAUUGUAGAGGCCGCCACUCCGGCGGAUGGGCAUGACGGGCCAGCGCUGGUUGCAUUUCUGCAAUCCGGGGCCAUCUCAGACCUGGGUCAUGGUGGCCUCAAGACGACAGACGAAAUCGUGCAUCCCCGAAGCAUGACGGAGAAGGCCCUCCACCGGCUGUUCGCGACCGUCCUGCAAGUGGACGGAGCAGCAUUUGGCAUUGUGGACAGCUUUUUGCGCCUCGGGGGUGACUCGCUCCUGGCCAUGAAGAUGGUAAAUCGUGCAGAGGAGCAACAUCUGCACCAGCUGACCCUUUCCGAUAUCCUCGCGCACCAGACGAUUGAGAAGAUCGCCGAGGCCAUAGGACGGGUUCAAGAGACACCAGUGAAGCAGGCUAACCCUGCCUGGGAGACCCGGCAAGCGUCGUCGGAUGUGACCGUCGGCGAUGGCGAUUUGGCAGCACUGGUGCGCGACACCGCCGACGUCAAGCACGCGUUCUCCUGCUCACCGGUUCAAGAAGGGAUACUGGUCAGCCAGAUUCGGCGCCCGGAACUUUAUCAGAUGAAAUUAGUGUGGGAGAUUGUCGCUACCACCGGUGGGCCGCUGGAUCCCAGUUGUCUAGAAGACUCCUGGCGACGAGUAUGUGCUAGGCAUUCUAUCCUCCGCAGUCGAUUCUACACGAAUGCUACUUCCCAGCACUUCGCCGUUCAGGUGGUGUUCGAAGAGGCCUUCCCUGAUGUCACCCGGACGCAUGGCGUGAUUCAGGACCCAACGCAUCUGAUGGAGCAAGCCCAGGAUUCUUGUAGGCCACGACUUACUCUGCACAUCCGGUCGUCGACCUGUGUUUGGGCGAUGCUGCAAACUUCACAUGCGAUGGUAGAUGCCGUGUCCACUUCGAUUAUUAUGCAUGACUUAGCAGGAUUCUACGAGGACGACAUGAGCCCGGACCUAGGGGUCCUAUGUGAAUACCGAGAUUCGUCGCUUCAGGACACCGUGCAAAGGGUGCAGGCCAAUCUGAUUGAGACCUGGAGGCAUCAGCGGGUGCCUUUGUCGCAGAUCCAACACAGACUCGGCCUCAAAGGUGAACGCCUAUUCAACACCAGCAUGACAUUUCCUCCCGGCCAAUCAACGGAGAGCUCCAACCAAACGUCCAUCACGGUGAAGGAGCUGGAUCGCAGGGAUCCCACGGAGUAUGACAUCAUGGUGGAGAUGGAAUGGGACAGCAACGACAGGCAUGGGGCUAUCAAGUACUGGUCGUCUCUGCUGUCAUCCGAACAGGCGACUGCAUUGGCCGACGCCAUUUGCCUGGCCUUCUCCCACAUCGUGAGCCAGCCGGGGUCUUCGCCGCCCCAAGUGGACCUUUUCGGCCCCUCCGACACCCGGCUUGUGAGGCAAUGGAACCAACACGAGCCCGAGGACUGUGAGACGUGCGUGUACGAGCGCAUUCUGACUGUCUGCCGAAGUAAUCCAAAUGCGAUUGCAGUGGACUCCUGGGACGGUCGAUGGACAUACAGCGAGUUAGAUGCAGCUGCCUCGGUGCUAGCCCGGCACCUACAGACCCGCGGGAUUGGACCGGAAAUCUUUGUCGCUAUUUGCAUGGUCAAGAGUCGGUGGACACCGGUUGCAAUCCUGGCCACAAUAAAGGCUGGGGGCGCCUUCGCGCUGAUGGACCCCGGGCAUCCAGUGGAUCGAUUGCGCGGUAUGUGCGACCAGUUACACGCGGCCUUGAUACUCACAAGACCCGAACAGGCGGUUGUUGGGGAGCAAUUGGGCCGUGAAGUUGUGGUGAUAGGAGGCGACAUCCCCCAUAAUCAAGAUAGGGAGACCAGAGUUGAAAGCACCGUGACCAGCCAGAAUGCCUUAUACGCCGUCUUCACCUCCGGGUCGACGGGGCGCCCUAAAGGAGUGGUUGUUGAACACCACUCUUUCUAUGCGUCAAUGAUAGCUACCAUCAAAAGCUCUAAUUUGACGUCGUCGGACCGCAUGUUCCAAUUUGCCUCCUACUCUUUCGACAACAGCGUGUUUGACCACCUGGUGUCAUUGUUGGCGGGCGCUUGUCUGUGCAUUCCAAGGACCGAGGAUUGCCACAACACGCUUGCAGCCACUAUGGCCGCCUUUCGUGCGACGUGGGUGAUUAUCACUCCGUCUGUAGCUCGUCUCAUUCAUCCUGCGGAGGUGCCCAGUCUGCAAACGGUAUGCUUGACCGGAGAGUCUGUGUCGGCAUCCGACCUUCAAACCUGGGCACCCAACGUACAACUAUUCAACCUAUACGGCCCGGCUGAGUGCUCGAUCAUCGCCACUGCCCAUCAUUACCCGGACGAGGCAGCAGAUCCGCGCAUCAUUGGCAAGGCGCUCCAGUCAGUGGCCACCUGGGUUGUCGAGCCGCAGAACCCGGGUCGCCUCGUUCCGGUCGGUGCAGUUGGCGAGCUGGUCGUGGAGGGCCCUGGGGUUAGUCGAGGAUACCUCCAUCAUCGUGUCGGCGAAUCCAUGUUACCCUUCCUGUCGGAUCCGCAAUGGUUGUCCGGAUUCCGGGUUGGAACUGGCCGUCGAGCGUACCUCACGGGAGAUCUGGUAGAGUACACAGUCACCGGGCAACUGCGGUACCUGGGACGCAAGGAUACGCAAGUCAAGAUCUCCGGCCAGCGUGUGGAGCUGGGCGAGAUCGAAUCCAUCAUUCGUGCCUUCGGGGAUGGCGCCUGUGAGGCCGUGGUGGACUUUGUGCCUCGACCCGGCCGCAAACCCAUCCUGCUGGCUUGUUUGCGCUCUGACGAUGCCGCCGAAGGAUUGGACCUGGGUGACGGCAGUCUGAUUGGUGUCCCAGAUGACGCGUUCAGGGAGCAUGUGGCACGGCUGGAUCAUCAUUUGCACUCGGUGCUCCCUGCUUUCAUGGUGCCGGCUAUCUUCUUACCCCUGCGCCAUGUUCCCCGAUCACCGACGGGCAAGAUGGAUCGAAAGUCUAUACGGCAGGCUCUAGCUGCGCUGACUCUAGACAAAUGGGAAACCUCGCAUGUAGAGCGCCCGCCCGCAGCUACUCCAUGCGAGCAAGGACUGCGAGCUCUGUUUUCGCAGCUCCUGCACAUUCCCCAAGGUCAGAUCUGGGCUGACAGUCACUUCUUCCGACUGGGCGGUGAUUCUCUGCUGGCUAUGGCGCUGGUAAAGUCGGCACGUAGCGCCGGAUGGCAGGUCACUAUGGAGCAAAUCUUCCAAUCGCCAGUUCUGUCAGAACUCGCCUCGGUAGUACGCCCAGUGGGAGACUCGAUCAAUAUUGAUCCUGUGCCGGCCUUCUCACUUAUACCCGAUGACGCGGUGAAGACCAUUCGAGUGGAGGCUGCGCGAGUGUGCCGGCUUGAUGCGACACAUAUCGAAGACAUUUACCCAUGCACACCUAUGCAGGAAGGCUUGAUGGCGUUGUCGGCCCGGGAAACGGGGAAGUAUACGGCACAAUGGGUUUACACGGUCGCCAGCAACACUGACCCGGCACGACUCCGACAGGCCUGGCAGAUUGUGGUAGACGUGAACCCCAUUCUCCGCACCCGCACGGUCGCUACGCAGAUGCACGGCAUCACGCAGGUGGUAAUCCUGCCGCGAAGCCAUCGCCUGCAAUGGGAAGAAGCGACGAAUGUGGCCGACUAUCUCGAGCUGGAUAGCACUCGUCCAAUGAAGCUCGGCCAUCCACUGCUACGAUUUGGAUGGGUCGAGCCCCAGGAAAGCCUGAAAAUAUCGCAUCUGGUCGUGACAAUGCACCAUGCAAUCUACGACGCCGUGUCAAUGAACCUGUUCCUGGACCAGGUAGAAGCCGCGUACCGUGGGGCAACUCCGACAAGUCGCGCAUUCAACCAGUUCAUCAAGGAUCUUACGACUGCGGACACAGAUAGGCAACAGGCGUUCUGGACAGCCGAAUUCCAACAUCUGGAGGCAUCUGUUUUUCCUGCUCUGCCGGUGGGGAUGAAGACGCCGAGGCCAAGUGCAACGGUAUCCCGGAUUAUGGACAUUCCCCGUGCACACAAGGGACUCGGGGCCACGAUGACAACGAUAUUCCGAACCGUUUGGGCGAUUGUCCUCGCCACAUACACUGAUUCGUCCGACGUGGUGUUCGGGGUCACCGUCAGCGGCCGCAGCGCCGCCACCGCGGGCAUCGAUCAGAUCACCGGUCCGACACUAGCCACUUUUCCCCUGCGUACUCACGUAGACAUCGGUCAGUCUAUCGAGAACACGCUCCACGCGGUCCAGGAGCACGGGGCGCGCAUUAUUCCCAUGGAGCAGACGGGACUGCAACACAUUCAACGUAUCACUGCUGAGGCGCAGGCUGCUUGUGGAUUCCAGAGCCACCUGCUCGUGCAGCACCAGCGACGAGGCGAGCGGGAGCAAAACCUUCUUCUCCUGCAACAGGAGUUCCUGGACUAUGCCAGUGUCUCGAGCUACGCCUUUGAGCUGGUAUGCGAUUUGAACGAGAAGAGCGGAGCAGCCAGCGUUACUGCCGCGUUCGAUCCCCAAGUCUUGUCUGAAGACGACGCAACUCGUCUUCUGUCACAAUUUGAGCAUAUGGUGCAGCAAAUCUGCCUGGAUGCUAGCCACCAGAUUAAAGAGAUUGAGCUGGUCAGCACCGAGGAUUUGACCACUCUUCAUCAGUGGAAUGACAAGGUUCCCGUGCCAUAUGAGAGCGUCGUGCACCAAAUGUUCCUAGAUCGAGUUGACGAGUGGCCGGAGAAGCUUGCAGUGUCUUCCUGGGACGGAGAGCUGACAUACAGCCAGCUUGAGGCAUCGACUGCCCGCCUGGCGCAUCAGCUCCAACGGCUCGGGGUCCGUCAAGGUGCAGUCGUCCCAUUAUGCUUUCGCAAAAGCAUCUGGCCAGUCGUCGCUAUGUUGGCUGUUCUCCGAGCUGGAGGCGCGUUGGCCUACAAGGUCCCGAUUCACUGUAUUCCGGAUAUCAUGGAAGACGGUCCAGCAGUCGGCAAAUCCUUAUCGCUACCCUCCACUGUUCCAUCAGACGCGGCAUUUGUUGUCUUCACCUCUGGGAGUACAGGAGCUCCCAAAGGCAUCGUCGUCGAACAUGGUAACCUGGCGACUUGUAUCCACCAUACCCACCGUGCAUUGGGCUUGACACCCAAGAGCCGUGUGCUGCAAUUCACUGCGUACGCAUUCGACGUGAGUUUAUACGACACCUUUGCCCCUUUGGUACUGGGCGCAACGACAUUCAUUCCGUCGGAAGAGACACGUCUGUCCUAUCUGAGUCUCUAUAUCCAACGGCAUGGCAUCAAUGUCGCGAUGUUGAUCCCGUCGGCUGUGAGUGUGAUUCAUCCAACGCAGGUACCGACUUUGCAGACCCUCGUACUGCUAGGGGAAUCAAUUUCACGAGACGUGGUCAACGUCUGGGCUGCACGCCUACACCUUGUUAACGGAUACGGUCCGGCCGAGGCCUCCGUCGUCUGCGCAGCGGGGGUUGUAAAGGCGGACACCUCCCUCCUGGGAUCCGUGGGCCCGAUGCAGGGCACCGUAGGAUGGAUUGUGGACCGACAUGAUCCCUCUCGCCUGAUGCCUAUUGGAGCCACGGGCGAACUUCUAUUGGAAGGCCCGAUGGUAACGCGUGGAUACCUUGACAAGCCGGACAAGACGCGCGAGGCUUACAUUGAGGCGCCGAGGUGGCUUAAGCAAUUCCGACAACGUAAUCAGCCGGGCCGACUGUAUCUUACUGGUGACCUAGCCCAGUGGACAUCUCGUGGGACGUUGCGCAUUGCUGGCAGAAAGGAUAACCAGAUAAAGUUGCGUGGUCAGCGUAUCGAGCUGGAGGAAUUAGUCUUUCACGUUCGACAGCACUUUGAUCCCGCCAGCGACGUGGCCGCCGAAGUCAUCCAGCGUCCUCAGGGAGCCCAAGACUCAUCCUUGCUGCUGGCCUUUGUCAAUGAGCCAAACGGGGGCUCGAUUCGAGACGCGGGCAUCAUUGCGCCACCAAGCCAGGAAUUCUUGAACAAGUCUUCUGCAAUCCACCGCAAACUGCAGGAGACUUUGCCUCUUUACAUGGUUCCAACCGCCCUGUUGCCACUGACCUCCAUGCCACGCACGCAGUCCGGCAAGAUAGAUAGACGUCAGCUAAGACACGCUGGAGCAGCACUAACCCCAGACCAGCUCAAAGGAUACUGGCAUCACGGGUACAAUAUUCAUAUGAAGCAGGGUCCGGUGAGUCCAGCCGAGGAGACUCUGCAAUUGCUCUGGUCAGCGGUCCUUGGUAUAGGUGCUGAAGAUAUUUCACGGGACCGGGCACUGACAGCUGCUUGCGACCAGUGCCAUCUGUCUCCAGAGGAUAUAGAAGACAUCUACCCCUGCCCGGCCUUGCAAGAAGGCCUGAUGGCCGUCACUUCCAGAGACCCAGGUCAAUAUGUCGCAACGCAUAAGUAUACAGUGCCUCCCGGUCUGGACUGGGAUCGAUUCGUCAGCGCGUGGGAGCGAACCUCCCAGGCACACCCAAUCUUGCGGACGCGAAUCAUCCAUGACAAUGAAAAUGGGAAGACCUUUCAAGUGGCGACGAGGACGCCUGUACGCUGGGAGCAAUAUGUCGUUGACAGCGAGGAUGAUGUCUCCAGUUUUGCUGUCAGGUCCGGGUUAGGUGUCGCACUAUGCCGAUGCUCUUUGCUCCUAUCCAAACAGUCUCGGCCGAUCUGUUGCGUCAUCUCAAUGCAUCAUGCACUAUACGAUGAGUGGUCGAACAACGUACUGUUUGACGAGCUUGAACGAGCAUACCAGGGACAAUCCUUGCCGCAUCAAUCGUUCAGCGCCAUCGUAGCAUACCAAAUAGGUGUCCAGUCCGCAGCGGCAGACUUCUGGGCACAAAAGCUGGCAGACUACGACGCGGCACAUUUCCCAGCGCUGCCCUCAGCCAUCUAUGUGCCAGCUCCAAAUUCCACCUGCAGCAUUUCAAUAAAGCUUCCUCCAUCCGCGCACCAGAUCACACUGGCAACACAAAUUCAAUGCGCAUGGGGAAUGCUGAUAUCCUUGCAUACGGGAAAGAAGGAUGUCGUGUUUGGCCUGACGACAUCCGGCCGGGGUACGCCCGUACAUGGAAUCGACCAAAUUCUGGGGCCAAUGAUUGCCACUAGUCCGCGUCGGAUGCACGUCAGACCGUCAUGUCAUGUAGCGGAUUUCUUGCAGCAGAUUCAAAAUCGAUAUUUCGCCCUCAUGGCGUACGAGCACUGGGGGCUACAAAAUAUCAGCCGCCUCGGAGACUCGCAUGCGGCAGCCUCUCAGUUCACAAACUACGCAGUUCAGGUUACCUGCACCGUGUUUGGCAAUACAAUCGAGGCACACGCCACGUUCGACGAUCAGGCAAUCUCUACGCCCCAGAUGGAACGGGCUCUGCGGCAAUUCGAGCACCUUCUCCUACAGCUGCGCGGAGCCUCAUCGUCCAUGACGAUGGCUGACUUGGACACAAUCAGCGAAAUGGACCGGUUGGAUUUAGAUCGAUCAAACACGCUUCAGUUAUAUCCAGGCUCGGAUGCCUGCAUGCAUGACUGUGUCCGCCGUUGGUACUAACUACAGCCGGACGCACUCGCCGUCUGUGCCUG